GUCAAUACAAUACCCAAGCUGAUCUUAUUUCUGCUGGUGAUAGUCCAAGUGUGACGUCACGGAGCCCCGACCAGACUUCUGUUCAGUUGUGCACUCGCCUGUACCCAGAGCCGACAUUAUAAAUACCGCUAUCGAGAUUAGCGGCCAAUAAUAAAAAUUGUCGGAGGCAUCUGCUUCAGUGAAAGCGAAAAUAUAGUUGGUGCAGUUGUGAUUUGGGAUUUUUAGUUUUUUUACUGAAUAACAAUGCCGCGCAUCAGCAGCCCGGACCCGGCGGAGUACAACGAGGAGAGCUACGUCGAUGUCCGCUCGUUGCCGCUCAAGCCGCCGCAGCCGCAGGUCACGCCCGACAAGGCGGUGCGCCGGCCCUGGCAUCCAGUGAUGUGGGAUGACUCGAUACUGGGCAUCACGCCGCCGCCCAAGAACGAUGAUGAUGAUGAGUUCAAAGUGACCCCGUCUCGCGAGUACCCGCACAAGCAGCGCAUCCGCAACCUACGGCGCCUCAUCGCCAACGGCAAGAUCAAGCCCACCUCCGAGACGCUCAUUUUCUUCCUCUGCAACAAGUUCGCCGUGUCCGAUGACAGGGGCGACAAGGGGCCGGUUGACCAGGACGAGUAGGGGCGGCAACGUGUGGGGUGUGG